AAAUGGGGGGGUGUGGACUCGGGCUUCCAUUGAAUUGAAGAUAAUUUGGGAGCAGCUGCAGAAAUUGGAAGCAAGAGUGCAAGGAUCCAGGGAGCGACAGUCGUUGGACUGGAAGCAUCAUGUCUGCCUCACAGCUGUUUUUUCUCCUGUGUUGUCUUCCCUUGGCAAAUUGCCUGCUGUGUUAUACCUGUCUAUUCCCCGCCGUUUCUCCUCUGGACUGCCUGAAGUUUCCACAGGAGUGUCCGGCCGGACAGCGCUGCCUAUCGAGUGUCGCCACGGGCAGGCGAGGCGCCCUUCAAGUGACUAUGUACGAGAAGAGCUGCGCCGUUCCCUCCCAAUGCGGUCUGAGCGGACAGAAAUACGCCAGCGGCCUCUAUUUCAACUACACCAACGUUUGCUGUAACACGGACCUGUGCAACGGGGCCGCCGGGGCCCUCAGGCGGGGCGGAGCCGCACUCUGCCUGCUGCCUGCACUCGGCCUCCUACUGGCCUGAGACGACACCCGCGGUCACGGAUAACGUCGUCACCCAGGGAUGAAAAUGACUAAUAAUAUGAAUGCAGGCAACCCACGAAGUGACCUAAACCGUAGCAAUGUAGCUUUCCAGAUCGAGCAUAUUAAUAUUAGCCUAAUUUAACAUUUGCGACAACAAAUCACCUACAAAGUCAUGCCCGUCGUCACACCUGAUGGAGGCCAAUGGUUCUUCAGGGUUUUAUCAUGAUUAUGAUAUUUUUUUGGUUUGUUACAAACUUAUUUUAGUUCAUAUUUGCACAGCUAAUAAAGGUUUCAUGACGGCAA